AUGGCUGAAAAAAUCAUAGAAAAAAUAUUUCAGAUUUCUGUUACAGAACCUGUCGUUGAUUGUAUGAUUAGCGAAGGAAAGACGCUCUACCGCUUGAGCCCUUUCCUUGAGCUUGAUCUCGCCUAUCGAAUCCACUGUGACACCAGCGAGAAAUUAAUCUUCCAGUAUCUCACCGAUUGCUGGCAGCGAGCUCAAGAGGAGGACAAGAUCCUAGAGGACAGCGAGGAGAUAAUAGAGGGAGAGCAAAAAACUAUGAUAUCAGAAGUGGUUACCCAGACAAAGGCGCUUUGCGUUAAGUACUGCAAGACUCAUUUGCGUUCCCUUUUGCGUUCCUGGCGUUUGCCUCUUUUACGGCUGAUUUUUCCAGAGAUAAAAGGUAGAGGAAAAAAGAUUUCGCGGGAGUUUAUGGAUGAUAUGUUUGGGGACAAUGAGGAUAUUGAUAAUUUAACCCCGAUUUUUGAACGCCUAUACGAUGAGUUGACGAGUUUCGGAAAUCAUUUUCAUCUUUUGGAUUUUGAAGACUCUCUUCAGGCUUUGUUGUUUUUGGUUAAUUUUCCCAUUGGUGCAAAGUCCCUUGCGGGGCAUACACGUUGGAUUCCUUAUCAUUUUAUCAGGAAUAAAGCGCCUAUUUUUGAAAGAACCUCCAUCUUGGGUCUCUUUUUUCGGGUGACUGCCCUUCCUCUUUGUAGCCUUUUUCGCAACGAGGGGCCAUUGAUUUCUGACUUUUCAGAUUUUCAAUUGUUAUCGUCAUUCUCCACUAUCAAAAUUUUCACGAAUAGAUUGUAUGAUGGCCUUGCUAAAGUUCUCUUCAUCCUCCUUGAAAGGCCCGAUACUCGUGAAAAUGUACUUGAGUAUGUUGGGGAGGUGAUCAGAUUUAGUGCUGAUCCAAUGGAUGACAACACUUUAGAGGCAGGCACGCUUGUAAGUGUCAGUGCCGUCAUGCUUCGUCUAUGUGAGCCAUUUUUAGAUGCAAAUUUAACAAAAAGGUUUGAUCCAAAAUACUUACACUGUUCAAACCGUUUGAAGCUAAGUGGGUUGGCUGCUCGUCGUAUAUCAUCAUCAGAAGAAGUUUAUAAAUGGCUUGAUAGUAAAUACCCAGCUAAGGCUGAGGGGAUCAAUCAAUAUAAUGAUGCUCAACAAUCUCAAGAAGCCAGCAGUUCUCAUGAUGAAAUUUGCGAAAGGUUCUUUUUAACUGCAAGAGUCCUCAACUUAGGCCUUAUAAAUGCAUUUAUUGAGUACGAAUAUUUAGUUCAGGUUGAUAGUGCGUGUGGUAAAGGUGAUCGUGAAUUGGAACUACACCAGUUCUACUCUAGCAAAAUGCUUCGUUAUGAAGCUCAGUUAUUGGAGGAUAACAAACUGAUCGGGAAUGCACUUUCCUUCGACCGCUUGAUGAUUGUUUGGAUGCUUGACUUGGUUGGGGGAGCUAAGAUGCCUCUACCACCAAUUUUCCCAAUGGAAUUUGCUGCCCUACCGCAGUUUUUUGUAUUAGAUGCCAUGGAAGUUCUAAUAUUUGCUUCUCGGAUUCCAAAGGCAUUAGAUGGAGUGAUGCUGGAGGAGUUCAUGGAUUUUAUUGUUAUGUUCAUGGCCAGCCCUGAAUUUAUCAAAAACCCAUAUAUUAGUGAAAAAAUGGUGAAAGUCUUGAACUGUUGGAUGCCCAGUAAGAGCUUAUCUACUACAGCUACUCUAUUUGAAGGGCACCAAUUGUCUCUUGAGUAUCUUGUGAGGAAUCUUCUAAAACUUUAUGUUGACAAUGAGUUCACUAGUUCUGAAGUUGAGUUCAAAGACUUCCACCGUCAUAUAGCUGAACUCCUUGAAUACCUGUGGCAGGUCCCUAGUCAUCGUGAUGCUUGGAGACAGAUUGUUGAAGAAGAGGAAAAGGACGUCUUUCUGAAUUUCUUGAACUUUCUGAUUAAUAAUAGUAUUCGUCUAUUUGAUGAAAGUCUGCACCAAAUUAUUGAUCUCAAAACAAGGCUGAUUCUGAGGACAAGUGCAUCGUUUAACGAGUUUAUAAAGAUUAAAAAGAGUAUUCGGGUUGUUAUUGGGUGGGCAAGUGAACAUCUCAGGCUGCUUGCAUUUGCUUCGGAGCAUUUUACUGCUCCAUUCCUUCUUCCUGAGAUGGUUGAAAGUGUGGCUAGCAGGCUCAAUCACUUUUUGCUGCAAUUGGUGAGUCCUCAGAGUCAAUAUAUUACUCUAGAAGACCACGAAAGUUACGAAUCUCGUCCAAAGAAUUUGCUAAAGCAGAUUGGGCGCAUAUAUGUUCAUCUGGCUAGAGGUGACACAAAGUCCGUCUUCCCGGCUGCCAUUACAAAGGAUAGUCAAUCAUAUAAUGAUAAGGUUUUUUUUGCUGCAGCAAAUGUCCUGAACAAUAUCAUAAUUGAUGAUGGCUAUGAGAGAAUUAUCCGGGAAUUUAUUCGACUUGGUGCUAAAGUUAGAGUUGCAGCUUUAGAGGCAGAGGCCAUGUAUACCGAAGCUACUCUAGGAGAAAUACCAAAUGAAUUCAUUGAUCCACUUAAAGGCACCUUGAUGAAAGAUCCAGUUCUGUUACCUGCUUCAAAGAUGAUAAUUGAUCGAUCUGUCAUUCUGGGGCAUCUUCUUAGUGAUCAAAAUGACCCGUUUACCGGUUUUGGACUUACUGCGGAUAUGCUUAAACCUGUUGGUGAACUAAAAGAAAGAAUUGAAGAGUUUGUAAGAUCUCGAACAAACAAUAAUGAAUCCUAA